AGGAUGUAUCUUGAUAGGACCUUUGUAAAAUCGAUGGUCUAUUGUUUUGCUGGCUGGGAACCACGUUCCAACCCAAACCUGGUUUAUGACAUGGCAACCCAACAACACGGGUCCCACACACGUGGCAAUCAGUCCUAGAUUCAGCUCCUUUGAGCUCUCACCAGCCCUGAACCUCCCUGAACCCUGUCUACUUUCCGUUCCAUCGGCCCUCAUCGUAUCCUACAACGUUCAAGCGAUGGUCAACUCAUAUGGUUGGUCGAUCUUCCCAAAUGCCCAUGUGUUGCAUCAUUAUCGGACCACGCAAUUUCCCUGCAACGGAUCACUUCUACCACGCGACACGAACCAAAUCUCACCCCGACGAUCAACUCGCAUCUUGGCGAACCCCUACCAGUGCCCCACAGCAGCCCACAAGUCCUCACUUGUUCUCGAUAAGUCCGUGGACUCCGCGCUUGACAUUGCGUGUUGUCACUCAGAACUAGCGUCAUAUUCGCUCACAUGCGGGUUUUCAACAUUUCUAUUCCUGCAGAUGGGCCUUCAAUAUGGCAGUCAAAGGAUGAGCCUCCACAGUGUACUAACAUUCGUGGUCUAUAUUUCUUCGUCUCCAAGGGCUUUUAAAUUUCGAUGGCAAGCAAUCGUCUACAAGCUUCUCCGACACCUUACUAUAUUCAAACGAAGCUUUGUGAUUCUCGCAACCAUCAGUCCCCAUGAAUGGUACGCUUCUCUUGGUCUCAGUGUUCUACACGAUGCAUAUACUAUGAUAUAGUAAAGAUGGUCGUUCCUUCUCCAUCGAGUAGGCAAUGUUUGUCCGAGUCUGCAUUACCCCUUCCCGACAGGUAUAUUUAGCAACCGCAAAGAAGCAACGCACGAAAAUCCACCUUGGGACCAACAACCCGAUUACGAUUGUUCAAGCUCAGCGCUCAGUAAUCAUGCUUCUCUUACCACUGCUUCGGACAUUUUACAACAAA